AUGGAAAUUCAAGUGUCAUGUGAAUUAAAUUUGUGGAAAGAAAAAAUAGAAAUUGAAGAUAACAAUGCAGAAGAUUCUUUAUCUUAUACCCAGUAUGAUAUUUAUCAUUUUAAUCAAGAAAAGUCUGGAAGCUUACGAGAUACUGAUUACGUAACAAUAUUGCAUCCCUUAAUAGUUGGUAUAGCAAACACCGUUGAAAGGGACUCCCCAGCCUUAUUAAAUGUGGUAAAUAAAGCCAUUCCGCCAAUUUUUAAUGAUCCCACUACCAUGUACUUAACCGUCAGAGUGAAGGACAUUCUAUUUGAUGGAGUCAAAGUAUAUUGCACUAACAAAGAUUUUACUUCAAAGGCUGUUUGUACACAGCUUAAGACACAAAUACCUGGAAUUAAGAGCUCUAAUGAGAAGAAUGUUUACCUUUUUUCUUUACUUGGUCCGAGAAAUGGAACUCAUCAAAAACGGUUUAAAGUUCUCAAAGGAAUCAAACAUUCUAAGGAUUUAGGCAGGCUACUUGAGUUGGAUUCACAGAACGAACUAAAAAUAUGGGGUACUCCACAAUGCAACAGGUUUAAAGGUACAGAUGGAUGGAUUUUUCCUCCAGGCCUUGAUAAGGAAGAAGGAGUUUGGUCCUUUUCUGCAGAUUUGUGCAGGUAA